AUGGCGCUAGCUUUAGGGUGCUUCUUGAUCCAAUUCACUUUCACUCAGUUCUUGAACUUGUGUACCAACAGGAAGAUCGUGCAAAAUGUGCUGCGCGCAAGAGAAUCGGGAAAAGGGGUUCUCACUGCUCCUUUCAGGUUACUCAAAUCAAAUCGCCUGGGAGUCAUAUUGACUUUUGCUAUCUACAAGAUAGAUCUCCCCUCAAAUGCAACAUCAAGUGAGAGGAUUCAAGCAACUGAUGGGUACCUUGGCGGAGUCUUCGAUAUUGAAUCAAAUGUGGAGAAGUUGCUUCAACAACUUGCAAGCAAACAAACCAUACUUGUGAAUGUGUAUGAUACCACCAACUUUUCGCACCCUAUCAGCAUGUAUGGCUUGAAUGUAUCAAAUGAUAAGUUACAACAUGUUAGCACACUUAACUUUGGUGAUCCGUUCAGAAAACAUGAGAUGCGUUGCAGAUUCAAACAAAAACCACCAUGGCCAUGGUUUGCGAUGAUGAUUUCAAUUGGUAUCCUCGUAAUUGCAUUGCUUCUUGGGCAUAUAAUCAACGCAACAGUGAAUCAAAUAGCCAAAGUUGAGGAUGAUUACCAUGAGAUGAUGGAGCUGAAGAAAUGAACAGAGG